CCAGAUGACCAUCAUGAGCCAAGCAUGUGCUGAGCGCUGUAACAUCAUGAGGCUGGUGGACCGUCGCUGGGCCGGGAUCGCAAAGGGCGUGGGCACCCAGAAGAUCAUUGGAAGAGUUCAUUUGGCUCAGGUCCAGAUAGAGGGCAUCUUCCUCCCUUGUUCUUUCUCCAUCUUGGAGGACCAGCCAAUGGACAUGCUGCUUGGCCUGGAUAUGCUGAAGAGACAUCAGUGUUCGAUCGACCUGAAGAGGAACUUGCUUCUGAUAGGCACCACAAACACUGAGACUAGCUUCCUGUCUGAGGCGGAGCUGCCAGAGUGCGCCCGGCUGGCAUACGGACCAGAGAGCCGUGAAGACAACCGUCCAGAUGAGACAGGAGACAGAGAACUGGCGGAGGCUCUUCAGAGGUCCAUACAGGAAAGCGGACAGCACUGAUGCAUUUGGAGACAGCUGGAGAGGGCCCUACCAACCAGACACUGCAGAUGGACAAACUACCUCACCACAGCCCCCCCCACCAUUAACAUUACCCAGAACCUUAGACCAAAGGUCCUCAUCCCCCUCACCUUCUUCUGGCCCGACCCAAACCCUGGGCCGCUCUCAGUCUGCCCCGGUCGCCUUGGAGCAGGCCUCAGUACCAGGGCUGAUCCAGGACCAGCCUGUCCCCCAGGAUCCUCCUCAGCCGGCGUCCUCAGCAGAGGAUGCUGGUCCUUCACCUCAUCAGGUCCCCCCUCCCUCUCUGCCUGUCCAAAGCAACCCCAGGGUGACCCCAGUACCCUGUCCCUCAACAUACGUCCACCGUUCACCUCCUGCGGACAUGACUACAGCAUCCCAGGGUCCGGAGGGGGGGGCUGAAUCAGAUGAGGUGAUGAGCAGCCCAGUGCUCCCCCAUGCAGAGGAACUUUCCCCAACUCAACCCAUGGAGCAGGAGGCGACGGGGGGUGACACCUCUGAUGCCCCAGAACCCUGUCCGAGUGCUAUUAACCAACCAGUGGACUCGGUGGAGAUGGAGUCCCCCCCCGCCUCCCAGGGUGUGGCGUCCCCCGAGAGGGACCAGCCCGAAGGAGAGCACGGCUCCGGGAACAUCCCCUCCCUGGCGGCCGCUCUGAUGGAGCUCCAUGAGCUGCUGGUGUCCAACAACCGCGCUCAGUCCCAGAACCGCAGCACCUCCUGCUCCCCCUCACAUCCAUUCACCCAGGAAACAGACCACCCCGAGCCACGCCCCCCAACCCCCGAAGACCCCCCCCGGAUCCCCUCUACUGCCAUCCCAGCCGGUGCAGAACCAAGCAAGGCCAAAGCCCACCAUGCUGCUGCUGCUGUGUCUGAUGAGGGACCCUCUAAGGGUCUCGCGCCUGUCCUCUCUGAACAGGAGGAGCGUCUGGAUGGGGACACAUUGGAGACUGCGGUGGGACAAAAACCCCUGCUGCGUCCAGAGAGGAGGGCAGAUAAAUGUGGGCGAGCUGAAGUGAAUAACAUCAGCAGUUUUCAGACUGAGCCAGAGGAUCCUCCCGACCCCACAGGGGACCUGGAGGUCAGGGAGCCCCCGGAGGGCCAGCAGGGGAGGGGGGUCGCAGACGGACGGGCCUCUGGCACCAACACCCCAGACUCUCUCGGCCUCCAGACUGAGCACACUUUCCUCAGCCCUCUAUCCAUGGCAGUGGGCUCACCUGAGGAAGUCUCAAGCACCGCAACCCUCUCCUCCCCUCCUCUUGCCCCCCAGCUGACAUCUCCGGCCCCUCCUGUCCCUUCUCCACAUCCUUUAAGAGAACAAUUUCCAUCUGAACACAUCCAGAGGAUCCAGGCAGCAGGGUUUUCUGCCCGGGAGGCCGCAGAGGCGCUGGAACAAGCCCAGGGGGUCGUGGAGCUCGCUCUGCUGGCGCUACUAGCCCGCAGCAUCACUGUGCCCACCUAGAGUCAUACCCAGUCCUACGAGUCCCCCCCUCCCCUCAGCGUCUCUCUGAUUUAUACCUUGAUACUGACCCAGAUGUCUCUUCUUAUCAGGGAGCACGUUUAAACAGGGAAAUGCUGUCUCUCUGUGUGUCCUACAGAAUAUCCCAGACAAACAGGACAACUGGGAAAACUUUUCCGGAUACUGCUGAUAUGUGAGGUGUGUUUGCAUGCAGAUGUUUUGGGUGGCCACCCAUUUCAUUGGUUUUUAGAGAGUUGGUAUGGUAGAUUGAUUUUCUUCUUCUUCUGUUGUCCAAUGUUGACACAUUAUGAAAUGCCCAAUGUAUGAUUGAUUCUUUAAACGUUAUUAUGAUUUCCCCUUUGAUACCUCAUAAAACUGUUGUUUAAGUUGUGAAGCAUCAUUAAACUGAAAUCAAAUCUCAAAAUAGAUUAGCGUUACUCCUCUGUCUGCUGAGCUUUAGAUCAUUCAGCACAAACACGAAUAUUUGAAACAAUGUUGUGAUGAAUGAUUUUUAUGUUGGCAGCUCUUUGGCUCACAAAUUAGAACCUAAAGGUGGAAAAUGGUCAUUGUGGGAACUGCUGCAGUUAAGAAGGUUUGAUCAGUGUUGAUCAAGUUUACAAUUUCUCUAGAUAAGUGAAAGUCCCCUUUAUCCACGGUUAUUAUCACGGAAAUAUCAAUUGGGCUAUAGUUUGUUGACGUAUCAUAGAUGGCAUUUUCCAACUCAGUAUGUGUUCAGAAGGUAUCUUUUACGGUAUUUGUUCUUUCUACAGUUAAAAAACAUUUCCAUGUGUAGAUUACAAACCUGUUCGUUGUAGCUCCUGUUUAGAAAUUCCUUUUUAUUUUGUGUCAAAUCUUCACAGUUUGUGUUCAUGCCCUUUUAAAAACACCCAUUUUUAUUUUGUAAUCUGUUAAGAUAUUGUCAUGUCGGUGCAUCAUAUAUCAAGGAUGGAUUUUAAUGGCUUUAUUUGGGUCAUACAAACAAUGUUCAGGCAGAUUGAAUUAUCUACUUUUAUCUUGUAUGGAAUUUUAAAUUGCAAAUAAAAUGGAAAUAGUAUUUGUACA